GGAAGAAAACUUGUGUUUAUGAUAAUUUAUUAGCCACUAUUUUUAGUGUUGAGGCGGAGUGCGGUACACGCUCUCUGUUUCUUUAUGGAAGCGUAUCGACGGUACGUACCCUACGGUAAUCGUUAUGCCGGUGUAAUUAAUUGCAUUGGCUGUAAAGAACCAAGGUCAAGGAGACUUAGUUUGCCAGGGCAGUGCGGUGGCACUGCUCGGGUGCUGUGUAUAGUCACAGUAGUGUAGUGCGGGAUAGCAUGCAGCACACACAGUGGUGUACUGUAUCACGAUCAGCUGUAGGCAUAUCACUAUCAGCUGUCUCCAUAUCGUGUUAGAAUUAUUAGAAAGCAACUGCGUAACCGGCUGUGAGACAGACAUUCGGCCAAUGAUUGUGUGACACUUUGAAGUCUUGACUGGUACACCUUCAUCAUGACACACAACGAGCUCAGGUCCCACUGGUUGAAGGAAGGUGCUAUAGGACUCGGAGUCGGUGUCCUGUACGGAGUCACGAAUGUCGCCGUCGGUCAUCCAUUCGACACGGUCAAGACGAAGAUGCAGGCGCAGCGGGGCUUCGAGUCCGGCAACAUGCUGCAGACAUUCGGCAAGACGCUGCGCCACCAGGGCAUCAUCGGACUCUACAGAGGCUGCAUACCGCCGCUGUGGGGUUCUGGAAUAUAUCGAUCGGCCCAGUUUGCUGUGUUCGAAGCGUGGUAA